CUGGACACCUGUGUCACCAUGUGGCUCCUGGUUCUGUGCCUCUCCCUGACCCUGGUGGGGACUGGCGCCGCGCCCCCCAUCCAGUCCCGGAUCGUGGGGGGCUGGGAGUGUAAGGAGCAUUCCCAGCCCUGGCAGGUGGCUGUGUACCACUUCACCAGAUUCCAGUGUGGAGGUGUCCUGGUGCACCCCCAGUGGGUGCUCACGGCCGCCCACUGCGUAAACGACAACUACCAGCUCUGGCUAGGCAGACACAACCUGUUUGAGGAAGAAAGCACGGCCCAGUUUGUCCUCGUCAGCAAGAGCUUCCCUCACCCCCAGUUCAACAUGAGCCUCCUGCAGAACCACAGCCGCCUCCCGGGCGAGGACUACAGCCACGACCUCAUGCUGCUCCGCCUGCAGGAGCCCGCCAAGAUCACUGAGGCCGUGCAGGUCCUGGACCUGCCCAGCACCGAGCCGGAGCUGGGGAGCACCUGCAUCACCUCGGGCUGGGGCAGCAUCCAACCUGAGCACUUCACGUAUCCAGACGAGCUGCAGUGCGUGGACCUGGAGCUCCUGCCCAACGAUAAGUGUGCCAAAUCCCACCCCCAGAAGGUGACAGAGUUCAUGCUGUGUGCCGGGCACCUGGCGGGCGGCAAAGACACCUGCGUGGGUGACUCGGGGGGCCCGCUGAUCUGCGAUGGCGUGCUUCAGGGCAUCACGUCGUGGGGCCACUACCCGUGCGGCAGUCCCCAGAAGCCGGGCAUCAGCGCCAAGCUGAUCCCGCACCUGGACUGGAUCAAGGACACCAUGGAGGCCAACACCUGAGUGCCCCGUCCCCACCCCGCCCC